AUGACAAUAAUUUAUUCUAUUUCAGUAAACGAACCGAUUUCAGCUCGAAAAACGAUUCACAUUCUUGUUAAGCUUGGAAAAAUAGCCAAAUCGACACAUCAUAAUGCUCCACCAUCACCGUCAUUGCCAGAAGAUAAAGAAGUGACAGAUAUAAUGCGUAAAGCACCUGUACAUUCAACUAUUCAUCCAACACAUUGGUAUUAA